UGAAUUUGUUUGGAGACAAAGUUUGAGGAAGUUGGGGAGUUGGAUCGGAGUUUGCUGGGAUGAUGUGAGGAUGGCAAAUUCAGCCCAACCUGGAGAAAUUAUACAUCUUAAUGUGGGAGGGAAGAGGUUCAGUUCCUCGCGACAGACUCUUACCUGGAUCCCGGACUCAUUUUUCUCGAGUCUAUUGAGCGGAAGAAUCUCCACCUUGAAAGAUGAAACAGGAGCCAUUUUUAUUGAUCGGGAUCCAACUGUCUUCACCUCCAUUUUGAAUUUUCUCCGCACAAAGGAGCUGGAUGCAAGAGAUGUCAACAUUGCAACACUUCGGCACGAAGCUGAAUUCUAUGGAAUCUCUCCACUGGUUCGUCGCCUGGAAUUAUGUGAGGAUUUGGAACGCUCGUCUUGUGGGAAUGUCCUGUUCCAUGGAUACCUGCCUCCUCCAGUGAUCCCGACAAUGAGACAGAAUCGGCACAGCCUUGCUGGCCCACAGUUUGUGGGGUCUCGGCAGGAAGCCACAGAUCGAGUGCCUGUACGCAGGAGCAACACCAUGCCACCGAACCUGGGCAAUGCUGGGAUUCUUGGGAAGCUCCUGGAACAACGAGGGAGCGGUUCGACAGCCCAUCCUGGGAUGGUAAGGAUUGUACGAGGGCAUCACAAUUGGAUUGCAGUGGUUUACACACAGUUUGUAGUGUGUUACAGACUGAAGGAGUCAUCUGGCUGGCAGCAAGUGUUCUCCAGCCCCCGUCUAGACUGGGUCAUUGAGCGGGUGGCACUGAAUGCUAAGGUCAUGGGCGGUUCCCUGGGGGACAAUGACAAGAUGGUAGCCGUGGCCUCUUGCAGCGAGAUUAUCCUGUGGGCCAUUCAUGAAGGCGGCAGUGGGAAUGAGAUCGGAAUCUUCAGCCUUGGAGUCCCAGUGGAAUCUUUGUUCUUUGUGGGUAAUCAGCUCAUUGCAACGAGUCACACUGGUAAAGUGGGAGUGUGGAAUGCGGUCACCAAACACUGGCAGAUACAGGAUGUAGUUCCGAUAAACAGUUACGACACAGCUGGCUCCUUACUCAUCCUCGGGUGUAAUAAUGGAUCAAUUUACUACAUUGAUGUACAGAAGUUCCCCCUGAGGAUGAAAGACAAUGAUUUACUUGUUACAGAGCUUUACUGCGAUCCCUAUGAAGAUGCCAUCACAGCCCUCAGUGUCUAUCUCACCCCGAAAACCAGUGACAGUGGAAACUGGAUCGAGAUUGCGUACGGGACAAGUUCUGGAAUGGUCCGUGUGAUUGUGCAGCAUCCUGAGACAGUGGGUUCUGGUCCACAGCUCUUCCAGACAUUCAGUGUUCAUCGCAGCCCCAUCACAAAAAUCACACUCUCUGAGAAAAACCUCAUCUCGGUCUGUGCAGAUAAUAAUCACGUGAGGACGUGGAGUGUAACCAGAUUCCGGGGAAUGAUCUCCACACAGCCUGGAUCAACCCCACUGGCAUCAUUUAAAAUCCUCUCGCUGGAAGACUUGGACGGACACGGAGGAUGUUCUGCGGGUUUGGAGAUCGGCCCAUUCGGGGAACGAGAUGAUGAGCAAGUUUUCAUUCAGAAAGUUGUUCCUGACACAAAUCAGAUCUUUGUGCGUCUGUCCUCAACUGGCAAGAGGAUCUGUGAGGUUCGUUCAGUGGACAGCACUGCAAUCACUGCUUUCACUGUGCAUGAGUGUGAGGGAUCGAGUAGGAUCAGCUCCCGUGCCCGUCGCUACCUGUUCACCGGACACACCGAUGGCAGCAUCCAGAUGUGGGACCUCACCACAGCCAUGGAGACAACUGGCAAGGCAGCAAACAGAGAUUCUGCUGGCCCCACAGUGCAGGAGCUCCUUCAGCAGCUGGAACAAUGUGACCUCGCGCUGACCCGAACACCAGAUGUGAGCCCUGCAGAAUCGCUGGCCCAUCCCAUCAUGCUGCGGGUCUCAUCAUCCAGCCAGUUUCAAACAGCCGAUGGAUUCCGUGAGAGGUGGAUGCGGAGUGGAACUGGAGGCAUUUGGAAAGAAAGCCCCUUGGUGACCAGAGAGCGGGAAAGAUUUUCCAGUGUGUGCAGUCUGCAGUCACCCAUUGCCAGUCGAACCUCAUUGGAUCAGGGUGAUGUUUCCAGUGGGAACCCUCAGCUAAUGAUAUCACAUCGCUCAUCUCUGAAAGCAGAGUGUCCCAGUGGUGAAAAUAGUGCGUCAGACAGUGAAGGCAGAGCGGGGCACCGAGGAAGCUUUGUUGAGCGUUGUCAGGAGUUGGCACGCUGCACUGAAUUAAGUGCCAUGGAUCCUCGCCGGUUUAGCUUUGAGUCUGAGGGCAGACUAUCGACGAAAGGUAGACCCCUGGGUCCAUGCAGUUCAGCACAGGGGUCGAAAGCUGUGUCACCCAGUCCAACGCUCUCAGUCAGAACUCUCCCUCCCAAUGUACCAUCAGCAAUUGCCACAGCAGAGUCUCAGUUGUCAGUAGCAAAUCCCCUCAGUCCAGCCACUGAAGCAGCUACUGCCACCAGGCCCAGAAUGAAUGAGACCUCGUUCUGACUAUCACUGCCCCGUGGUCAAUGACCAGCCAUAACACCAAUGUCCAGUCAUCGACAAGAUCCCAGCAAUGGACUUUCUCAGCUGCUGUGAAACAUUGUGUUAGCUUUUGAAGGCUGAGUACUUGCAGCAGACUUUUUCAAUCCCAUCUUCCUGGCUUUUGACUGAGUGGUCGCCUCUCAUCUCCCCACCACCAAACUCCCCACACUCGAAACCCUUCCAUAAAGCAUCAGAGAAAUCCACCAGUCCAAAUCGGCUACUUUUCCAGUUGUGUGGAAAUUCCAACAGCCCCGAAUUCCAGCCCCAAAAACUGCUCCGGAUUGAUCCUGAUUCGAUGCAUAUUGUGACGUACUGAGCCCCAGAAUUCGGAGUUAUCGACAGUUCACAUUAAAAAUUGCACAUUUUAAAACACCUGAAGUGUUAGCUUUUAAUAACUUCAUGACAUAAUAACCCAGUUAGUUUUGGGUCAGAGGCAGUUCAUGAUUUGCUAUAUAUUUAAAAAUUGUUUAAUGUGCUGAUGCGUUUUCUAGAAUGAAGUAAAGAAUGAAGGAUUCCUUUUGUUUCAUCUUCCACCACUGGUGCUUUUCACAAGAUUUACUCCUAACAUGUUGGACUUGCAACUGCUGAACACUCUCCUACUAAUGGACCUAACCCCUUCUCAUUAUCUAACCCCCAUGCUGGACUUCCCCUGGUCUAUUCCUUAUGUUUCUUAUAUAAGGCACAGUGACCAAUUGUGGAGAGAUUAAAAUCUGGAAUGCUCAAAGGGCCAGAAUUAGAGGAGUGGGAAAUCUCGGGAAUGUUGUGGGGCUAGAGGAGUGAAGCCAUUGAGGGAUUUUGUGGCCAUUAUAAAUUAAUCCUUUAGAUUGAUAAAAGAUAAUUAAAUAGGUGGAACAAACAACAAAAAAUGUGUAUUUGUAUCACGCCUUUUGAGUUAAUUAAACAUCCCAAAGUG